UCAAUGUGAACGGAGAGUCUUGUCACUUGUCUUGUGCGAUGUUAAUGCAAUUAAUUAAUAAAGCUGGAAACAAAAUCAAAACAAUUUCUCGAAUGGAUAGCAUCACCUAGUUUGAGGGUUUGUUCUACAAGUAAUAUUGUGAAUUUCAAGUUUCUUGUCUAAUACAUUCUUCGUAGUUAAUUUAAAUGUUCAUAGAUUCGAAUGUAAAAGUUCAAUUGCAAGUUCGGAGUUAUUAAAUUCUAGAUACAAGUUAACUCUGGAGUGGUUUUAGAGACAAAAAAUGGAUUGGCUUCUUCGAAAUCCGCAAAUACAUAGCACGUUUGGAAGCCUGGGCUUUAGCAAUGGCGAUGGAUAUCAUAUAAACGAGAACUGCAAUGCUGCCUUAGAAACGAUUUUGCACAAUAUCCUGACGGAAGACAAAUACCUUCGAUCAUACCGUAGGAGUAUAAGUUUUGGACAAAAUAUAGAUAAGGACCUCAUACCACUUUUAAUUCACACCAAAGAAGACAAGACAAUAGAAUUGCUAAUCAGAGUAUUAGUCAAUUUAUCAAUACCUAUCGAAUGUUUACUCUCUGUUGAUGUUAUUUCAAAGACUGAUUUUGGAAGGCACACUAUUUUCGAAAUUAAUAAUUUACUUACGGCUAUUAAAGCCGCUUUCACUGAUCAAAGGGCGACCAAAGUGGUAGUUGAUUUAUUAAAGAAAAAUUUAGAUAAUGAGCAGAAAGGCAAAUUAUCAGCAGAACAAUGCACAAAUAUAAGCAACGGUCUCUUGUUGUUGAGAAAUAUUCUGCAUAUUCCUGAGGACUCCAGCAAUCUUGGCACAGGUUAUAGUAACUGUUCCUCUCACACUGUGCAAAAUCAAAUUCUUUGGAAUAUAUUUGGCCAAAGUAUUGAUAAAAUUCUCAUUAAGUUGAUGUCCAUACCUGAAGCGAGCAAUUGGGGUGUGACGAUGGUUCAAUUAGUAGCACUGUUAUAUAAGGAUCAGCAUGUUGUUACGUUGCAUAAACUUCUCAACUUGUGGCUUGAGGCUUCGUUUUCCGAAAGUUCAGAAGACAAUGAAAGCAAUACUUCACCACCGGAUCGAGGGAGUGAAGACUCUUCGCCGAUGUUAACUUCGGAUCCUACUUCGGACUCUUCGGACACCGGGGGCAGCGGGAAGUCCAACGACGAGCCUAAUUCAGUAAACAACGGGUGGGACGCUACGUCCAUGAAUAACGUUAGUGAGAAUGGGAAUCAAUUUCAUCCUCCAGAGCUUAUGGAAGAACAACAUGUAAUUGUAGAACAGAAUUGUGACGCAAUCGAAAACACCAAUGAAGCCACCAUUAAACCCGAUAAUGACAAAGAUACACACAGUGGUAUGCAAACCGAACAAGGAAUUAUACACAAAAUUGAGAAAAAAACUGUUAUAUCUGAAAAUUCUGACUGUGGUUAUGGAACUCAAAUCGAAAAUCAGGAAUCGAUAUCUACCUCGAGUAACGAGGAUGAGUUACCUACAAAAAAACCAGUGCAUCAAAAACCACAUAAUCCAAAACAGAGAGUUAAUACCAAAAUACGUGUUAUUAUUUCUUCGCAGGACCGUAAACGCAAAAAAAUUGUCAAACGUGGCAAAUGUAACAUAAUUAACGUACAAGGGCUAUCACACAAAACACCUACGGAUGACGAUAUUUCGAAUAUUUUGAAAGAAUUUACAGUUGAUUUCCUAUUGAAAGGUUAUAAUUCAUUAGUCCAGACGUUGCACAACCAAAUUUUGACAAACCUGCAGUUAGAGAUAGACACGUCGCAUUUCUUCUGGCUGGUGACAUAUUUUCUAAAGUUUGCUACUCAAAUAGAGUUGGAUUUGGAACAUGUGUGUUCAGUGUUGUCCUAUGACAUUAUAUCUUACUUGACCGCUGAAGGAGUCAAUCUGUGCGAACAGUUCGAGCUGGCCAUCAAACUGGACGGCAACGACCUCAAACCCAGCAUAAGGCGUCUCCAUCUGGUGGUUACUGCUAUUCGCGAAUUUGUUCAAGCCAUCGAAGUGUAUAAGAAGUUUUCCAACAUUGAUGGCGAAGACCAGGAAGUUUUGGUCUUGUUGCAAAUGAAGAUGUGUGAGACAGAGGAACUACGUUCGCUCUUAGUACUGCUAUUACGUCACUAUAACCCAAAAUACCACUCAAAGCAAUACCUUCAGGAUCUCAUCGUAACAAAUCACAUUUUGUUGAUAUUUCUGGACAGUGUCAUGAAGUUGCCGGAUUAUAACGGGUCGACUAACAUGACUGACCAUAUUAAACAAUUUGCUACACCCGAGAUAAUGUAUCAAUACGGGCUACUGCUGGAAGAUUAUACGGCCAAUGGGGAAUUCGUUAACGAUUGUGUCUUUACGCUGAUGCACCAUGUCGGCGGCGAGCUGGGACGUCUCAUUUCGCUGUUCCAACCGAAGAUAUUGAAGACUUUCACGUCCAUAUGGAAAUCCGAGUUUGAAAUUUGCGAUGACUGGUCCGAUCUUAUAGAGUACGUUAUAAAUACUUUUAUUAAGAAACCUCACACUCUUCAAAAACCAGCGAACGUAUGGUUAGAGAAUGAAAGUUUCGAUGACAUUGCCGCACCUAAACCGAUAGUAGCGCCGCCGGCGACAAUCGCGGAACCCGACAACGACGCCGAAGUUAAAAAGGAAUCCAUCGUCCCUGACAACAGUGAUAGUAAUUCGACGAAGGACAGGUGGACGGAAGAUGAAUUAUCAUCUUUGAGUUGGAAUUAUAUGCAGUGUAGUGCGUCACCAGACGUUGUCGGUGAAAUCAUUAAAUUAUUUAAGGAAGAUGGUAUAAACAAAACCAGGAAUUCAGUAAUUCGGGAACUUUAUAAACAAAAGCUAAUAAAUAAAGACGAAUACGAAUCUGCCUCUAAAGGUGAAAGUGAAAAGAACUCUAAAAACGCCCAAGCGGCUAAAGAAAUGAGGGACGAUGAGAUUGGAAAGCUUUGUGAACAACUCGCCCAAGAUGGGAAAUCGCAAUUCCUCGAAUGGGUUCAAAAAGUUCUAUUGGAAACUUGUUACGCGAAGAUAACUCUAGAAAAGAAGUCUCUCGAGGCCCUAAACACCCCUCCUCCAAACACGCAAUCGAAAAUACUGAACUUUGACUUUUUCAAAAAGAAGGAUUAUGAUUUGCCGGUUACGUCCCCAACUUCUUAUCAUUCCUUGAUGUACAUGCAGUCCGUGCCGCUGGUACCGUGGAACUGCGAGCAGGCGGGUAUAUGUAAAGAUCUGAAGUUCUUGCAACUGCUGCACAAGCUCGGCUUCCACAUGCCUGUCGACACCGGUAGGGUGUUUAUACGCAUACCGCAUUUCUGGACCGCCGAUUUGCUCUACGAAGUAGCGGGGAAGGUCGCUAAAAUUGAUACAACUAAGUUGAAAUUCUCAUUAAACGAUGUGUCGCAGAGUAGUGUUACUAACAUAAUACAGCAGGAAAGCUUUAUCCUGUCAGAGAAAGAUAUUACAAUGAUACCAGCUACAGACAAUUUCUACCAAGUUCAUAAACAAAAACACUUUGCAACAAUGGUAAAUUUCACGCCAAUGCCCGGUAAUACAUACGACAAUGUAGAUGACACUAAGCAAAACUGGCUCGAACUAGUGCAGAAGUCGCAGGAGUGCAAAUUAACCCUUAAUUUGAGAAGAAGCCCAGUUGAAAAGGAUAAUGAAGAUCAAGCGGACGUAGAGAUGGUGCAGCCGGAGGAAUUAGAGGUGCCCUCGUCGUCAGUGGCAGCGCCGGCGCUGGUGAAGGUGUCGGUGAGCGCGCCCCAGGAGAUGCCGGCCAUCGUGGCCGCCUCGCGGGACCCCUCGCAGGGGGCUUCGCACGGCGCCUCGCCAUACAACGUCAUAACGGAGUCCGAGUUCUAUAACAGUUUGUGUGAAACGGCGUCUGUCGCUUCAGACCUUACUAGAAUGUAUGUAUCAGACGAGGACGAGAAGCCUGAAGCGUUGUUGAUAAAGCCCAUAAAAUCCAUACAGCCUAUAGAUGAAAUCCAACCGAUGGAGGGCACUCUGGACUCCGACACAAGCACCGCGGAGAAGCGCGCGCGCGUUCUGUAACUGCCAUUAGACCACCGGCACUUACAGGCGAACCGACACCUGCAGGUAUUAGGAUAAUAUUAAAUCUUUAAAUGUUCGGUGUUCAAUGUCUGUAAUUUAUUAAGGUAAGAAACACGUCUCUUAACGAGCUGCAAAUCAAAACCGAGACUUCAAGUACCCAUGUCUUCUUAGAAAAUUAAUUCUGAAACAAGAUAUACAUUAUAUUGUGUCGAUGAAAUGAAAUACCUUUGUCGAUUAGGCACAGUAAAUAAAAAUCAUUCCUUUGUAAUUGAUUAUGUACUUAUGUACACUAACAUUGGCUGAACUGCAAGGCUGUAGGUAAUUUACGACUAAAGCGAAUCUUUGUUGUGAUAAAAACCUAGUCAUGUACAAACCAAAAAAGAUAUUAGCUAUUAUGAUAGUAAUGUCUGGCCUGUUGUGUCAGAAUUAAUUUUCCCACCUAUCUAAAAAUAAAUAAUGUAAAAAGAUCGCAAUUUUUUAAACUAGUAGUGUUGUUGCAACGACGGGUUGGCUUGUGUUACGUACUGCACCGACGUACCUGUCCUAUUGUCAACCAUAAUUUUGUAAUAGGAUUACAUAAACCAACAACAAUUGGUACAAAUGUAAGUUUAAAGUAAUUAGGUAAGUGUAGCGCUUAUUGGUGUAGUAGAUAUUCUAUUUUACAUAUUCAUUUUAUCAUAAUAUACUGAUUUUAAUCCAUGCAAAGAACUGCCUUGAGGCAAAUCUGGGGCCAAGAGCAAACCCAUAAAAGAUAAUAAAACAAACAGAAUUUAUUAUAUUUUUUUAAGAUUACUUUGUAAGCCCCCUUUCAAUCAAUCAAUCAAUAAUACUUUAUUGCACAACGACAUAUACAAAGGACAUAAACAUACGAAUAAAAACAUAAGUACAAUAGGCGGCCUUAUUCAAUAAGUACCAUUAUUACCCGAUUGCGACGAUGCAAAAAGGAGGGUUAUUAAUUUUGCGCAGUCAACGUAGAUACAUACAUAUCAGUGGCUGUAUAGUGCUUUUAUUUGCUUUGAUGUCCGAAUACAAACGAAUGCUAAUUUCCUUGUUCAUUAAUUACUAGAUUUAUCGUGUAUUAUAUGUGAAUUCAGAAUUAAGUAGGUACUUACCUAUUUUUUGUUGACCGCUUGAACACUACCAAAUCUACCAAUUCCAAUAAGAAUAUAAAUCAUACCCACGCGCCUACGUAAAGUUGCAUUGUAUUUCAGAGCCCCUAAAUAUUCGAUUCAAUUAACUGAGCUUAAUAUUUUUAUGUAAUCAGUGUAUUGUACAGAUAGUUUCUUUUAUUCUAAAACUAGAAAUCUAAGCAGUAUGCUGAUGAUGUGAUUUAAAGUUGGUAAGUAUUGAUCAUACCUCUAUCGACAAUACAUUAUUCAAGUAUAAGGUUUAGUUCGUAUUUUUUACUGUUAUUACUCGGACAUAAGUCCCCCCUUGUUACCUUUAGUGACAUUGUAGGUGGUGUUAAGAUUGUAGUUUUAUGUUUUAAUAAUAUUAUGAUGUUUCCAAGUUUUUUUUAUUAUUUUAGCGUGUAAUAGAAUAAUUAAAUAGAUUUUAAAAAUA